AUGGGUCCAGAAGCUAGACGGAGGAAGAAUCAAAAGAAAAAGGAGAAGCUAAAGCUAAAAAAGGCGUCUGGAAAGGCAGCUGUUUCUAAUGAAACUCAACCUAUUGACACUGAAAAUAAUACUGAAUCAACAAUUACAACUUUACCCUUGCUGGAUUCAGAGCAUAUAAGCAAUGAUGGUGAAUCAAAGCCAAUUGAGUCCAAUAUUUUAUUAGAGGGUCAAGAAACUAAUCAAAUAAGGGAAACUACUGAAGCUGCGUCUCAGUCUACUUCCAAUGAUGUCCCUCAAUACACGGAAAAUCCAUAUCCUCAAGAUACAGGGAAGGAAAUUCCAACUGGUAAAAUGAUACAAAUAGAUUCGACAAUGUCAACUACUGCGUCAGAACAAGAUAUUGAAAAGGAAAGUAACAAUAUGGAGCUUCUGCCUAGCAAUUUGACACAAGAAAAGUAUACACCAUCACAAGAUGUUUCCAUUGCUUCUGAAAAUAUAGUGUUAGACGCUGGAUCCGCAACAUUGGAUACUUUUGUCGGUCAAAAUACCAAUAAUGUUGUUGUCAACACCGAAUCUGUUCACAAAACUAAUGCACCAUUUGAUGGAAUUACCAUUGAUGUGAAAAAUGAAGAAGAACACCCCAUUAUUGCAGCUUCUGUGUCACACGACAACGCUCCAGCAACUAAUUCUUUUGGCCAAACAUCAAACCUUCAAAUAAACGAGGCAUCUAGCAAUAAAUAUAAUGAACUUGGGGGUAGUUAUGGAGAUGAAGUCCUUACUCAUGAAGAAUAUACUCCAAACCAACCCCAACAGCCAUCCACUGAAAAGGAAGAGAUAGUAUAUGCUCCUUCAACUUUAUUGAAUGGAUCUCUUCCCUUGAGCAAUGAUAAUACCAACAGAACUGAGACAUUUUCGAAUCAAGAACAACAGGAUGAUCUUUUCAAUUAUGAAAAUUCCAAUAAUGAACAAUUGCCUUGGGAAGAAACUCCAGAAUCCACAGAAGAGAAACAAGCAAGACAUAUCAAGCAUGAUGACACUAAAGAAGAAACAGAAGAUAGUCAACAAUUGGAACAAGAAAAAGACGCAUUAAUGUCAUGGGAAGAACCUACACGCCAGAGUCAAUUAACUGAAGAAUUCAGUAGUAUCAAACAAGAUAUUCAUGAUGAAUAUGUAAGCGAUCCAAUAGCUCAAAACUCAAGUCUUCAUGCCGAAGAGCAAAAUAGUUCUCAGCCAAUAAGUCAGUCAGAGGAGUUUCUACUUCCGGAAGAAGCACGUACAAUUGGUGGAGAUGUGGAAGAAAACACUGGAACUCAAAGUAACCCACAGGAACACCUUCAAAUUAAUCAACAGAACGAAGUAGCUGACUUAUUCGGUGAUGAUGACGCAAAUUCUGAGAGUCUUCCUUGGAAUGCAUCUGCACAUCCAAAGAUAGAAGAACAGAUCGAAAUUAAAAAAAAUGAAGAAUCUGAUUCCAACUUGUUUACAACCGAAAAAAAUGGUGAAGAAACUCUUCCUUGGGAUACUUUACCUCAGGCAGAAACCAGUGAUGAAGUGGAUCAGAGUGUGGUUCACCAAGCUAGUCCAAAGAAGUUCUCUUUUCUAGAGGAUGACGAUGAUUUAUUGGAAGAUGAUGAUGACAGCUUUUUAGAAUCGGAAGACGAGGAUAUCCCCGAAAAAACAGAACCUGCAGAGCCUCCUGCUGGCAAAGAAACAACUGCAUCAUCAUUAACAACUGUAAACUCAGUGAGCAACCAAUCUUCAAGGUACAAGCCGAGUGAAACCGGGCCUUUGUCUCCAUAUUCCUCACAACAGCGUGUCAAUCAAUUAAAUGUUCCAGUAACUCAGUUCCAAGGGAGAACCAAAUCAAAUCAUGGUAUCAUUCAACCGCAAGGACCAACCUUUGUCACAGAUAGUACAGAUGGCCAACCCCCUCAGCAAGCAUCUCAAUUCCCAGUCCUACCCUUAAACACGAAACCAUUGGAAGUACAGAAGGAAGAAGAAAAAUUGAAUGAACAAAAGACGAAAUCAGAUGCAUAUGAUUUCCCAAUGGAUAUUUUACCAGAACCAAAGCGAGAGCACGCCAAACCGGUUGGAGUUCCUGUUCCCUCAUUGCAUAGUACACCUAGAAUUACUCCACACAGCAGAGUCGGCUCUAUUUCGAUGCAGCCUAAUCCUUAUGCUACCGAAGCGUUGCCUCCACGUCGAAAUCUAACAAACAGUGGCGUUCCUCCUAGUGUUGUGCAGCCUGUACAAGCUAUGAAUGUUCAGAGAAGUGUAACUGGAGCACCAGCAAGUUCACAUCUACCAUCGUAUGCACCACCUAAUAAACCACCGUCGAACCGUUAUGCACCCACAGCAUCUGUUCCGUCUAACCCAUCCCCACACCAAACCCACCUUUCGAAUGGCUUGGCUGUAAACACUUCAUAUACGGGAAUGCCAAAUGGUGCCGUACAACAGGGCUCUGUUAUAUCACCUAGUAGUGCAUCAAUUAUGGGACAACCUAGAAACUUUCCUCAGGGUGGUAUGGUUUCGCCUAGUGCUGGGAUACCUAUUCAGAAUAAUAUAAUGGCUGCACCUUACACUCAACAAGUAAAUCCGCAGCUUAACCAACCCUUCAUAUCUCCUGGUAAUGAACAUUCUCUAGGUAGCACACCUUUGGUCAAUACUUAUCCCAACACUAGUUCACAUGUUCGUUCAAAUUCAACUAAUUACAUACCAAAUCAAACUGGACAUGCAGCAAAAUAUGCGCCAUCUUCUCGCCGUGAAAGCCAACUUCAACCUCAACAACCAAGAGUGGCACAACAGUCGCAAUUACCUUAUCAAUACCCUCCUUUACAGAGCACUUCUCAGCAGCCGGUGAUAGUUCAACAACCACAAGUUCCCUCUCAAAACAGACCCUCACAGGUUUCACCCCAACAGCUACCAACAGUUGAGCAAUCGCAAAUUCCAUCUCAGUACCUUCCUUCGAAAAUUGCACCUCAACAGUACCAGUCAGUGGUUACUCAGCAUAUCCCUCAAACGCAAGAAAAUUUUGAGCAACCAAUCGAUAAUUUGGCUCUACUGCGUCGACAAUUUCCUAUCUUCAGAUGGAGUCCUUCUAAUAAGAUUGUCUAUGGGAUUCCUAAGGCAAUUGGAAAUGUAUCCUUUAUGGGAGCUUCUACUUCAACGAUUGAAGAAUUCAAUAUAGUUACUAGUGACAAGAUAAUGCCGCAAAAUACAUUGUUGAGGACAUUCCCAGGGCCAUUGACUAAGAACAAAACAAAGAAGAAAGAUAUCGUUAAAUGGUUGGAUGGCAUUAUUACAGAUAUUAGCGCAACCAAUGCCAUGGUUGAUUUGACAAUAUGGAAAUUGUUGAAGCUGAAACUUUUAGAGGGCUCCACUUUGAAAGAUAUUUCCAUGCUUCUAUAUGAUUCUAAUGAAUUACAGCAAUUCCUAGCAGAGCCAUACCAAGCUACCCAGUUAGUUCCAAACGCAUUUAGAAUGGAUGCUAUCUGUCAAAUGAAAAUAUUGGCUUAUUUGCAAACAGGUAAUCAUGAUGCAGCAUUGCAGCUUGCGUUAGAAAGGAAAGACUACUCUAUGGCACUAUUGAUAGGUAGUUUAGUUGGAAAGGAUAAAUGGUCAGAAGUUGUUCAACAGUAUUUAAGUCAAGAAUUUAGCUCUGGUUCCAAUAAUGAUGGGAUUUGGACGAAUCUGUUAUCAUUGAUUUUCCAAGUAUAUAUCGGAAAUUCCAAAGCAGCAAUUGAAAGAUACUACAAAAAUAAAGAGGAAGAACGCUGGGCAAUAACAAAUUGGAAAAGGAUCACAUCAGCAGUCUUGAUAAAUAUUAAUUCUGAACCAACAGAACAAGGUAAACAAAACAUUCAUAUUCCUCCUAUUGUUUUCGAGUUUUUGGUAGAGUUUGGUAUAUUUUUGAGACAGAAGGGUCAAGAAUUAGCGUCAUCCGUCUUAUUUAUGAUAGCAAAUGUUCCUUUAUCUGUGGAACCAGUCGUGCAUGAUACUGAAGUUAGAUUCCAAUAUAUUGGGGCCCGUUCUUCACCUGAGAGUAUGAUCCUUUCAGAGAUAUACGAAUUUGGAUUCUCCUCUGAACCAAAAUUCAAUGGUUUCCCAAUAUUGUUGCCCCAGAAACUACGCCAUGCUUAUUGUCUACAUGAACAAGGGUUGAGCAGUCUUGCUUCAAAAUAUACAGAUUGGCUAGGAUACGCUAUCAAGUCAGCACCUAGGAAUAACAUCAGCAAUAUGAACUUAGCACAUGGUUUGAAUGCUUUAACGACAAGAAUAUCUAGUUCUGAUACUAGUUGGUUGGGUAAACCAAAGUUGAGUAGUGUUUGGGGCCAAUUAGAUAAGUCUUUUAAUAAGUACAUCGGAGGUGAUGAUGAAGAAAAGAAAACAGAAGCAAACAAGAAAGUAUUUGAUGGUUAUACUCCGACAUCUUCCAACAACUCAUCAGUUACAGACUUAACAAAAGGUGCAUUUACACCCUUUAAUGCUCAACCUCAAAUUCGUUCUACAAGUUAUGCCGAUAACACCUCUUUGUCGUCAGUUCCUCAUUUGCCACACACACAACUUCAAAAUACAUUUUAUGCUAAUGACCAAUUACAUUCGGACUCGACCAUGGCCCUUCCUCCAAGAAUUGGGGAAAGUGUAAAAACUUCCCCACAACGUAUUCCACCCACCGUACAGCAAACACAACCAGUGGAUCUCCAUCAUAACGAUUUACGAAAGGUUCGUACUGCAGAGGUUCAGUUGGAUAGCAAUGAUCUUUUAAGGCAAGGAACCCAACCAGAAAUACCAAAUUACCGCAAUCAUGUCCUGCAACCUAAGGUAUCUGUAGAUAAUUUUGUGCAGCCUGUUUCCACUAUUUCACGUAGCAAGAUUCCUAUGCGUGCUCCAACAAACGCGUCGACUCCUGACCUAAGAAGAUCGUCCGCCACCUCUGUACCAUCUUUAGAUAAUAUGAUUCCACCGAGAGCCCCUUUAAAUAGAGCUGCCCCAGGGAAACGUGCAGGACUAUCUUAUGAACCGAUUACGAAGAGUAGCGCCAAGUUUGAGUUAUCAUCUGAGGUUGAGAUAGAAAACGUUGCAGACGACAGUAGACAAGGCUCGAACGAUUUAAGUGGUGAUGCUGAUAACCAAUUUAUGGUACCGGAACACCAGCAGCCCUCAGAACCCCCAGCGUUAGAAAAUUCUUACUAUCCUGAGACUACCACUAAUAGCACGCUUGAGGAAGAUACAGGGGAUAUGCAAGAAAAUCAAUUAUCGAGCUUAAAUUCAGAAGAAGCAAACGUUGAACUAUCUAGUCAAGAGCUACAAAGUCAUGUGUCGCAAAACAAUUUAAUUGAUGAUCAGAGCGUAGAGCCACCAUAUUCUCCAAAGGUUACAAAUCCUUACACGCCAACGAUUAAUCCUGUUGCGAAACUGGAAAAUGUCAGAGCUCGUAAUUUUGGUCGAAUUCGAGCAACAAGUAAUGAUGCCAGGAAUAGGUAUAGUCCAGUAGCUGAUCUUUCAGUGGCAGUUGGAUCUAACACGAUAUCUAACAAUUUUUCUCCAAUUCAAGAACCUGAGGAAAUUACUGAAGAUAAUUUUAAACCAACAAUUAAAACAAUUUCAAAAUCAGAUCAAUUGGCAUAUACCACUAUUCUAGCCAAGGCUGGCGACGAACAAUAUGAUGAUAUGGUAGAGGAUGAAUCUGAUGAUGAUGCUUCCUCUCAAGAUAAAGCUAAAUCUCCUAAGAAGAAGCAGAAUGAGAAAUCAAAGGAGGAGAAUGACGAAAAGAAAAGCAAGAAAAACGAUAGCUGGUACGGUUGGUUGAGAAAAGAUAAGAAUGAGAAGAAAGUAUAUAAAGCCAAAUUGGGUCAACAAAACCAGAUGGUCUAUAACGAAACAUUGAAACGUUGGGUUAAUAAAAAUGCCACAGCAGAAGAAUUGAAGGCACUCACUGAAGAGAACAGUCCUCCACCUCCACCUCCUGUAGUUAAACGUAAAAAUACUGAACCAAAGACAACACCUCGUUCUAGCAUUCAUACGAUGGAAAAGCCACCGAUGCACGUUCUGGGUGCAGUUGCUCCAAGGAAUGCAUUAUCGGGCGAGCCACUAUCACCACCUCCUUCCGUACAUGCUCCUUUAGGUACUACGUCACCUGAUUUAACCCCUAGAGUUGAUUUAUCGAGAAAAGAGCAUAUUGGAUUAGAUGAUUUAUUGAAUUUAUCCAAUAAUGGAACUCCGUCCUCGUCGAUGAGAAGAAAAAAGAGACCCGCUAGAGGUUAUGUUAACGUCAUGGAAAAAACUGAAGGUUAG